AUGCAUGACCCGCACCGCACUAGCGUCCUUUGAUAGAGCUGCGAUAAGGGCCACAUGUUCAGGCAGAGGAACCCUACUCGAGUCGGAUACCUACAGGAGAACUUUGUGCAGCUCAUGAAUUUGCGACCUGUACCCCCAGCCUCUACCCCUCAUUCCUCCAGUAUUGGUAUUGCUUGAUCCAUUUUCUCUGCGCCAUGGAGUUUUUUAAAUCUGCUGUGGCGUCAGCAAUUUCCAAAGGUCCUCCAUUCCCAUAUACUUUCGGCGAUCGAGUCGACGUGGACACCAGCAUUUGGACCCUCUACAAUGGAACUAAGCGUGUAAUUACUCCAACUUAGCACUAGGCAAUGCGCAAAAUUACUGACUCUUACGGUACAGGAAGAUGGAAGUAAUUGUAGCAUAUUUUCUUUCGAUAUCACCACCAACAAAGCACGUCUGCCCAUGGCAAGGAAUGCUGUCAAGAAACUUCGAACCUUGAGGCAUCCAGGAGUGGUUAAGGUAUUGGAAAGCGUGGAGGUAUGGCAUAAGCUACACUGAAUUCGGGGAAGGGUAGUUGACGAAUGUGGAACAGACGGAUACAUACAUUUAUAUUGCUACAGAACGACUUGUGCCAUUAAAAUGGCAUGUAAAAAGGAAGAGCAUGAGCACAGAAACCUUAAAAUGGGGACUCUUUGGUGUUGCUGUAAGGAUGCUUGUUUUUUCAGGAAAGAUAAAUUUACUGAUGGGUGCCUAGCAAACCAUCAAAUUUAUAAACGACGAAGCAUCCUCAGUCCACGGUGCCUUACGAGCGGGGUCCAUAUACACAAGUGAAAGCGGGGAAUGGAGAGUCGGUGGGUUCGAGGUCUUGAGCAGCAUGAAGGAUGAUGAGGCUAUUAUCUACGUAUGUUGGCAUUGAAUAAUGCGGGCGUCCAAUUUGCUGAUUAAAACAACAGAAUUUCGGAAGUUUAGUCCCUGAUGCUGGAAGAUACACACCACCUGAAUUGGCAAAAUCUGGUUGGGAUGCGAUCAAACGGAAUCCUUUACCUGCAGUCGACGCGUACAAUUUUGGUACCCUCAUAUUUGAAGUUUUUAAUGGCGAUUUUAUGGGAGGCGAUCAAGCUGGACAAACCAAGAAUGUUCCCCCAAGCAUGCAUUCGAGCUACAAGAGACUGGUCAAUGCAAAUCCGAAAGCCAGAGUGACGGUUGCCAACUUUUUGGAUCAAGGACGCAGGAAUGGGGGUUUCUUUGAAACACCAUUGAUCAAACUCACCGAAAGUGUAGAUAACCUAGGGAUGAAAAGUGAAGAGGAGCGAGAAGAGUUUUUAAAGUAUAGACAAAAGCUCAACCCAUCGGUUUUGCGCCAUUAGCUAACACAAAAACAGUGACCUCGACCAAUUAUCUGAUGAUUUCCCGGAAGAUUAUUUCAAAAUGAAAGUUCUCCCUGAAUUACUGAAAUCUGUGGAAUUUGGAGGCGGCGGACCAAAAGUCUUCGGUGUUGUCAUGAAGAUCAGCAAAAAGCUCACUGAUGAGGAAUUUGAAAGCAAAGUUACGCCCGCUGUAGUACGACUUUUCACCAGCCCUGACAGAGCUAUUCGGGUUUGUUUACUCGAUAACUUACCAAUCAUGAUCGACAGGCUACCACAGAAGGUGGUCAAUGACAAGAUAUUUCCACAAAUGGUAUGCAUUCAUGAACUCCACAAAUAUAUAUUGCUUACAAUUCCAGGUUACCGGGUUCACGGACGUUGCUCCCAUGGUUAGAGAGCAAACCGUCAAGGCUGUUCUUACGAUCAUUGGGAAGCUUUCUGACAGAACCAUCAACGGAGAGCUGUUAAAAUAUCUAGCCAAGACAUCGAAUGAUGAGCAACCUGGAAUUAGAACCAACACAACUAUUUGUUUGGGCAAGAUUUCAAAGAAUUUAGGUGUCGGUAAUAGGUCGAAAGUUUUGAUUGCAGCAUUUACCCGCUCUCUUCGCGAUCCUUUUGUUCAUGCUCGAAAUGCAGCUUUGAUGGCACUAGCCGCCACUUCUGAUGUUUACAGUGAGGACGAUUGUGCAAAUCGAAUAUUGCCUAGUCUCUGUCCUUGCUUAAUUGACAAGGAGAAACUUGUCCGAGAUCAGGCAAUCAAGACAAUGGAUCUGUUCAUGCAACGUAUUCGAAAGUUUGCAGAUACAAUGGCAGCUACAGCUUUGCCACCCCCGACUGCUGUUGACGCUUCCACUGGCUCAGUACCUCGCAUGGGUACACCCCAACCAAGCGAUGCAGCUUCUUGGACUGGUUGGGCCAUAUCUUCCUUUACAAAUAAAGUCGCCUUAGCAACUGGUGAAAUCCAGACUUCGGCAAAUGGCACAGCACCCACAGACGCCCGUUCCAGUUCCACGCCAGCAGCGAAUGAGGCUCGGCGACCAAACACAUCUACCGCAUCAGCAUCCACUCUCCACCGUCAAGCAGUAGUGUCACCCCCCGCAACCUCAACGCGGAACUCCUCUACCACAAACGACUACUUCGCCGAACCCACGCCAUAUGAAGGAUUCGACGAUCCAUGGGGCAACAUGGAAGAAGAAGCCUUUUUCGACGCCUCAUCUGACGCUCCAAAGCCAAGCCUCAAAUCAAAAGCAGUCGCAUCCGCAAAUCCGUUUGAAGAUAACGAGGAACCUGAUUUCGCAGGCUGGCUGGCUGCCCAAGCAGGGAAGAAACCCGGUUCUAAAGUUCUGCCUAAGGGUCUAGCGAAACCCGCUGCUGGACGACCUGCAUCUUCGAGGGUCGCGUCUACCGGGACGGUGGGUGGUGCUGGGGCGAAGAAGGCCGCUGCUACGGCGACGAAACCGAAACCUGUUGUGGCGAAGAAGAUUGAUACCGCGCCGAAGAAUACGGAUGAUGACGAGGGGUGGGGCGAUGGUUGGUAGUGUGGACUUUGGGAAUUAUAAGACGAGGCAUGGAUUGGAGUUCGGGAGGGGGUUUCUUGUGUAUGGCAUAGCAAUGGCGUUCGGAUACCAGGAUUUCGUGUAGUGUCGAUGUGAAAAGUAACUAUCGUC